AUGACUGAUGUUAAGGAAACUUCGUGUAGCUUUUGCCUUAAAAAUAUAACCGAUAAAAGUUUUGAAGUGGUAGACAACAUUAUCAGAGACAUUCUAGAUGUUCUUUUGCUGAAAUUGAAAUUUGAUAGCGAGAGCAAAGAGGUUAUAUGUAACGUUUGCAGAAGAAAGUUAAAUUCGGCGUCAGAAUUCAAGUCAAUGUGUCUGAAUACGGAUAAGACAAUUAUUCCUUAUGUGGAUAGCAAAAAAAUGUUACAGCUCGACUUAAGAGAAGUGUACAUGCAGGAGAAAAAAAGUGAAUUAGUUUGCAGUCAGAAAAUAUGUCGAUUGUGUAUACACCCAGUAGAAAGCGAGUUUAGAUGCAUACGUGAAGAAGAACUUGAAGCUAUCGAGAAAUUGGCUCCUGAAAUGAAUUCCAUAUUAAUCAGAUGGAAAUGUCAAUUAAAUCUGAAAGUAUCGACAUAAAAUCGGAAGAUGAGGAAAGGAG